GUGAAAUAGAUCCCUACAGAUCAACCCUACCUAGCCUUAGCUGCCGUGAAUAGCGGGGAGUGUUGUGCUCAACAAAUUUCUAGAAAAGAAAAGCGAUGCCGUGGCCGCGGACCCCGGAAAGCUUAAGCUUGCAAGCCCGGUAUACUUUCGAAAAAUCUCCGGACAAGCUUUCUCUAUCAUCUAUUCAUCCCCUCUUAGUAUCUCUCGCCAUUGCCAUUGUUGAGAGCGAAUUCCAUUAUUUGUCAUAUUAAUUGGGUGCCGUAUUCGACCAUUGAAAAGGCAAAAAGGGAAAUCGAAAGAUGGGAUUCACCCUUAAACUCACCAACCGGUCCCCCAAAGGUCUGAAAAGACUCCCGGCCACCCUCGAGAUCGCCGACGACGCGACAAUCGAGGCCACCAAGAAGCAGAUUGCCCAAUUGACAGGCACCUCCGACUUCAACCGAAUUGGCAUCUUCGACCCGGUCACCAAGAAGACCAUCAAGGAUCGCAAUGCCUUGCUACGGGACCAGGAGCCCGUCAUCAAGAACGGGGAGAUGAUAGUCAAGGACCUCGGUCCGCAGAUCUCUUGGAAACUCGUAUACCUAUGCGAAUACUUCGGACCCCUCAUCUUCCACCCCUUCUUCGUCGCCGUCCGCAACCAUCUGUAUCCCGCCAUUUACUCCGUCGUCAAGGACUACGUGCCCGCGCCCGCGCCGGCCGCGUUGACGGGCUCGCUCACGUCCGUGCAGCAGGCGACCUUCGUCAUGAUCAUGGCGCACUUCGUCAAGCGGGAGCUCGAGGUCCUCUUCGUGCACAAGUUCAGCGCGAACACGAUGCCCGCAAACUUCAUCGUGCGAAACUCGUUCUUCUACUGGGUGUUCGCUGGCCUGCUCGGUGCGCUCGAGAUCUACGCGCCCUUCUCCCCGACGGCGCAAGCAGGGCCUUUCCUCUCCUCGCCCCUCGACGUCAUCGGUCUUGCGCUGUACGUCUUUGGCGAGCUGUGCAACGCCCACGUCCACUGGUAUCUCUCGAGCCUUCGCAAACCCGGCGAGACGGCGCGUAAGAUCCCCAAUGGGUUGGGCUUCAGCCUCGUGACGUGCCCUAACUACAUGUUCGAGAUCAUUGCGUGGAUCGGUAUCAUCAUGAUCACGCGCUCGCCGACUCUCGUUGUUUUCAUCACAAUUGGCUCGUACUAUAUGUACAUCUGGGGUUGGGGCAAGGAGAAGGCCUACCGCAAGCAGUUUGGCGACAAGUACAAGAAGAAGCGAUCCGUCAUGCUGCCUGGUCUUUUGUAAAGGGGAUUUCACGUUUAAUUCGGAGCUACAUCCGCAUAAUUCAACUCCGUUCGCAAAUCUAGAA